AUGUCCAAGCCACACAUCAAGAACCAGCAAGUUGAAGGCAGCAUGUCAUACACUGAUGGCUUGCAGGACAACUCGCUCAGCACAGCAACAGCAGCAGACACACAUGCUCACCAGAAGCGAAGAAUUGCACAACUAGAAGAGAAGCUCAAGUCUCUCGAGGCUGGAUACAAAAUCAAUGAUGAUGCAGAACAUAAUGUCGAUCAAGAUCGGUUACAAGUCAGGUACAUAACCCUCACAACUACAUUGUGGUGGUUUCAUAAGAAGGGUUUGGAGUUGGAGUAUGACAAAUACAUACACAUGUUGAAAAUGGUUGGCUUCACCCAUCUUCGGCAGGGUGCUGAUAGUGCUUGA